AGAGAGGGAGGGAGGAGGGAGAGCGAGGAAGAGAGCUAGGCAGCCUUUCAGUUGCUGCGGGCCAAGAAGGCAGGUUGGGCGCUGUGGACACUUUUAAACGUACCUCCGCACUACCGGCAUUCACACCCAUUUGCACACUUCCACACACACGAACAUACAUCAGCAGGGGCAGGUGAGGAAAACCCUGAGCACCGUCCUGAAGAGUCCAACCCCCAUCAUCCAUUUCGCUGCGUUCGGGGCAACUGCAGAUUGCCUUACCCUGCCCUGCUCUGCCCAGCCCAGUCAAGCCGAGCCACUCUCCGGACCCCGACCCGCUGCCUUCCUCGGGGGCAUCUCGGACACUCGGCAGGAAUGAGGGGAGAAUCUUAUUUCAUUGGAAUGAGAAAUCCUGGACAAUAUGGUCAUCUCUCAGAAGAUGGAGGACUUUUCUUACUAUACUGCAUAGACAGAGAUUGGGAUAUAACGAGAUGUUUCACAGAAGAGGCCUUCCAAGCAAUAACCGACUUCAAUGACCUCCCAAAUGCUCUAUUUGCCUGCAACGUUCACCAGUCGGUAUUUGAAGGAGAAGCCAGUAAGGAGAAAUUCGAAGGACUAUUCCGCACUUAUGAUGACUGUGUGACGUUUCAGCUGUUCAAGAGUUUUAGACGUGUGCGAAUAAACUUUAGCAAUCCUAAAUCUGCAGCUCGGGCCAGGAUAGAGCUCCAUGAAACACAAUUCAGAGGGAAGAAAUUAAAACUCUAUUUUGCACAGGUUCAAACUCCUGAGACAGAUGGAGACAAACUUCACUUGGCACCCCCUCAGCCAGCAAAGCAGUUUCUCAUCUCACCUCCAGCAUCACCUCCUGUGGGUUGGCAGCCUAUCAGUGAUGCCACACCAGUCAUCAACUAUGACCUUCUCUAUGCUGUUGCAAAGCUUGGACCAGGGGAGAAGUACGAACUUCAUGCAGGAACAGAGUCCACCCCAAGUGUUGUGGUGCACGUGUGCGACAGCGACAUAGAGGAGGAAGAAGAUCCAAAGAAUGCUCCAAAGCCAAAAAUCAUUCAAACCCGGCGUCCUGGCCUGCCACCCCCUCCAGUGUCUAACUGAGCUUCCCUCCAUGCCUCAGACAAUACGAUCAUUUCUCUUUCACAUGCUUUCCUUUCUUGUUGGCUUAUUUUUAUUAGGUCAGUUAUGUUUAAAGGAAUUGGUUGCCUUCAAAUCCCUGGACAUUUAGUUCACUGGGAGUCCCCCCACCCACCCACCCCUUCCUUAUAUUGAAAUCUCUCAACAUAAGGGCUAGGAAAAGGGGAUCUGUUUCCUGAAUCCUGUCAUUUACCACUGACCCUAAUGCAUCUUUUAGGAGGGCCUAAAAUAAAUAGCAUUUUGUUCUUAAGCCACCAUCACAUCUCAGAGCUAUGUACUCAAAAGCCAACCCAAACCAGAGAUGUCAAUAAUGAAUGUCACCCUUUGGGGGGAGGGGGUUCUUUGGCUUUCUCAAUCCCCAUACUGAGGUGUAUGCAUUUUUUUUCCUGGCCAUAAUAAUAGGACCAUAUGUAAACUUGAAUUUUGAUUGCAUGAGAUUCCAUUCAUUGUAUCUCACCCAGUCUCUGCACCCGACAUCCACAUGAUAUGCAUGGUCACCAGCACUUGUUUUCAUCAUUUGAGGUAAUGGUAACCCAUUCAUGGUAACCCAUGAAAUUCCCCAUGUCUAGCAGAGAACUCUCUAGAGGGAAACUUUGUUAGGAUUGUCUACCUGAACAGGUCUUAUUUUGUUUUCUGGUGUACUCACUGUUUGGAAUAAAACAUUUCCUUAACACUGUUAACAAUUCUGGAGGGGAAAAUCAAGUCUAGCACCCAAAGAUGUUUCUUGAUGUAUUUUGGAUAUUGCUUCCACACACUAGCUACCACAUCCCACCUAGGAGGCAUGUCCAGGGUGAUAGAGACUGACUUGAGCAGAAGCUAUUUGUUAUUAUGGCUUUCUGGUGUCAGAACUAGUUGUUGUUGGAUUUUUUUCCCCCUUUCCUUUCUUUUUGUGUAUAUUUGUACAAAUGUUUCAGCUGUGCUUUUGAAAUCAGGAACUUUUUUUUUUCAAUUUGGUGAUUAUUCAACCAUCACCUGCCUGGAAACAUAACUUAUGCAUUGCUGUUAACGCAUUCAUAGAAUAUUACAGCUGUUAUGGUAAUAUUACAGUAUCUUAUGAGUAAUACUGAAUAUUAAAGGGGCACAAAGAUUACUUCAAUGGCAAAUAAGUAAAGAGCGAACACCUUUGUUACUGAAAUCCAUUUUUAAAAAGAUAUCAAAUGUGAACAUCGUUUGAAGAUGGUUUAAAGAGAAACAAUGGCAAAGCAAACUAAAAUGAGAAUGAGAAAAGAUUCAAUGCCCACAUGCUGUACAUACAAGAUAUUUGUUUUAGUUUGUGAUUUUCUAUUUCUCUAUCCCAAAGUGCAUUACAGAAUAUACACCUAUAGAACCAUUACCUUCUCUGCUGUAUGUUCCCGGCCUAGGUCAUCUACUACUGUCCAUUAAUGAGUUAGUUUAGAUGUGUGUUGCCAGUCAUGAUGGAGUGGGAAAAAUCUUUUCAUUGCCCAAGCCGCAGAACAAAACAAAAUAAUACAGCUAAAUGACUGAAGGAAUUUCAUGGUUUUUGACUAGGGUGUAUACCUCAGUUUCAUCAGAGACUGAAGUCACAUAGAAUGUUCAUUCAGAAAUUAGAAGUCCUUUUUACUGUGAACAUAGCAAUACAGUACUGUACUGCAGAGGGGAAAUUAGGGGGCGGGUGGGUUGGGAGGGAGCUAGUUAGAAUUUCUCCAGUUCUAACAAACUGGAAAAGGAGCUUACAAAAUACUAAAGUUCCAAAAGGAAAGGGGAAAAUGGCUCCUGUAAGGGAAGAAAAAAAAAGAAAGAAAGAAAGAAAGAGAAGUAUAUAAAUAAAUGUUCUGGCUUUCAUUUGCUGCAGAGGUUGCUUUCACUACAGAUUAAAGAAAUUUAACAGUGAAGGUAUAUUGCCCUCUAGUGGAACUUUUGUCCAACCACUUUCAUUAAAGUAAUAAUACAGACCCUGUCUAAACAAGUCAAGGGUAAAGUCAAUCAGUCUGAUAUUAAAAGUUACUUUGCUAAUCAAUCAACAAGCACUUAAAAAAAAAGCACCUACUGUGUGUCAGCUACUGGGCAAGGUGCUGGGAAAAUAAAGACAACAUAGAAAUCACCCCUACCCUCAAAGAACUUGCACAUUCUCUUUUUACUGAUUACCCAGAAUACAGACUCCUGAGAAAUUUAUAUAAGGGAAUGGGGAACUCCUGUUUUCCAGUCAGAUAAUUAGUCCUGUCUGCAAAUCUAUCACAAUUCAGACCAAGAACAAUACAGUAUAACAUUUUCAUAGAAUUCAAGGUCAAUGUAAGCAGAUCUGAUCUCAUCAGGUAGUUAAAAUAGAUAACAAAGUCUUGCCCAGUCCCAAUGAAAAUUUGUCCCCCCCAAACUGAGUACAUAUUUUGCCAGUCAAGGUUUAUAUUGGAAAAAGAGAGGCUGGUUAUCUAAGUGAAUAAGAAACUCAGACUUAAUGGUACCUCCUAGCACUGUGAAAGUCAGAAUUGCCUCAGCAUUUCCAUGGACAUGCAUUAUGCAAACCUCUUUAGUACUAUUUUCAGUUUGAAGAGUGUAAAAAAAAAGUAAGAGGUUCCCACCGAGUGAAUCAUUUGUGCACGUGUAUAAUUCAGAGAGCUUAGACUUCAAAUAAAUCUGGUGAAUGAUU